AUGGUGGCUGCCCGGAGCACCCGGGCCUUCCAGGAUGCCGAGUUCCCGGCCGGGCCUCGGGCGGUAGAUGGCCGGCGCGAGGACCGGGUUGGCAUGGACGUCUUCCGGGCCGCGCUCUCGGAGAGCCACAAGACCCUGAGGCCAGAGGAGGGCAUGCUCUGCCGCUGUGGGCAGCCGGCACAGCUGCGCCGGGUGCAGCGGAAGGGCCCGACCUUUGGGAGGCCCUACUACGCGUGCGCGCUCCGUGCCUGCCGCUUCUUUGAGUUUGCCGACGAGGGUUCGACGCUUGCGGCGCUGGAGCUGCAGUGGAAGCGCUUCCCUGCAACGGGCGAGGGGGGCUGGACGGUCGUGCGAGACGAAGGCUUCAGACCUGCUGAUGUCCAGCAGGGAGGUGUGGGCGACUGCUGGUUCAUGAGCGCUCUCGCAGUUGUGGCCGAGCGCCAUGACUUGAUGUGCAAGCUGCUGCCCAACCUGAACCUUGGCGCGGAGAGUGGAUGCCACGAGGUCCGCCUCUUCUUGGACGGCCGCUGGACCUCCCUUUUGGUGGACGACCAUUUCCCGACCACCACCAAGCAGCGGCGCCCCACUGCCGAUGGCAGUGGCCUGGCUUUCGGCCGCUGCGCUCGCUGCCAGCUUUGGGUGUCCCUGAUUGAGAAGGCGUACGCCAAAGCGCACGGCGCCUACCGCUUCAUCAGCGGCGGGGAGACCUCGGAGGCGCUGUUGGAGCUGACCGGAGCACCCACGGAGGUGGUUCACUUCCGUGAUCCCGGCUUCGAUCCCGAACUUUUCUGGGCUCGCCUGGUGUCCCUCCUCCAGGCCGGAUGCCCUGUCGGUUGCGGCACGGGGGCCGAGACGCUGGAGGAGCUUGGGCUCGUGGGGCAGCACGCCUACUCCGUCUUGGAGGCGACCGGCUUGGGCCUGGCUCUCGGGGAGCGACGCGUGAAGGUGCGGAACCCGUGGGGCGAGUGGACGCGCCGGGAGCAGGACGAGCUGCUGGCGCAGCUGGGCGCGGCCGUCGUGCCCGACGAAGGGAGCUUCUGGAUGAACUACGUGGACUUCAUUCGGGGCUUUGCCUGUGCCGACAUCUGCUACGCCAGGGACGGAUGGCACGCCCGCAGCUUCGACGCCGAGUUUGGAGGUGGCGGCGUCGGCUGCCGCAGCGCGCUGCAGCUCUGUGCGGAGUGUGGCGUGGAGUGCUGGGUGAUGGCCAUCCAGCCCACAGAGCGAGGGAAGCAGGUGAAGAGGCCGCCCAGCUACUACCUGAACGACCUUUCCUUGCUGAUAUUCGAAGACCUUUACUCCGAGAAGCCCCGGUUGGUGAAAGCUCGAAUUGGCGGGGCCCGCCGCGAUGUGGCGUGCUCCGUGGUGCUGGAGUCGGGCAGGGUGUACACGGUCGUUCCCGUGAGCUUCCGGGCCAGCCGCGGAUCCUUCGUCCUGCGGCUCUACAGCGCUUCCCCAGUCCAAGUCCACGAAGCACCACCAGCAGCCCAGCAGACCUGGGCCGCCCUCCACCAGCUCCUGGUGUCUCCGGAGCCUCCCUUAAAGGAUGCCAACGUCUGGCGAAGGGCUCAGGACUUCGGCGUCGGGCAGCUGCUGGUGGUCGAGGGCCCCGCCAUGGCUUUGGGUGUGCUGGUGAACUUGGGCCCCGUGAUGCUGAAGGUGGACCUCUGCGCCUUCGGCAACCAUGCGGCCCUCCGGAGCCCGCUGGGCAUGCUCGAGGGCUCCGUGGAUGAGAGCCGAAACCAGCAAGAAGCCAAGAAGAAGCCGACGACACGACAGUCGCGGCCGUCAAAGGCCACGAAGGCGGACUGGCGGGAACACCACCUGCAGGUCUUGGUCCCGGCUUUCUCGCAGCGCCUGGCCUUUGUCGCUGUGGCCUUGCUGGAGAAGAACUGGGACUUUUCGCUGGAGUCCUUGAAUGCCGAGCAGCUCAGUGAGGCGGAUCCCGUGGAAGAGCCAGCAGGCCACCCCUUUGCGCCUGUCCCACUCGCCCUCGCCGUGCACGCAACCGGCCUGGACAAGCUGGAGGAGCUGGAGGAGAUGGAGCUGCAAGCGGCUUUGCGCGAGAGUGUCCUGCACCCCGAGUGCGACUCUGACCCCGAGCUGGAGCUGGCUCUAAGCAUGUCUCUCAUGGAGGCCGAGGCAAGCGCUGAUGUGAGCAAAGCGGCUGCGAAGGUGGACGUGAAUGGAACCGCGGAUGCGGACGCAAGCGUGAAUGUGGAUGCGCAUGCGGAUGCGAAUGUGGAUGGCAGGGCGGACGUCGGUUUGGAUGACCAGCCGCGCCGCAGGGGACGCUGGAUGCGGCGCAGCAGGCAGACAUAA